AUGCAAUCGAUUAACAGAUUUCUCUAUGGCCCAACUCCCGAGGAAAGAGUCCGUGCAUGGCAAGCGAAGCUGCGUGCUGAAAGCCGCCAGUUAGACAGGGAAAUGAGGCAGUUAGAUAUGGCCACCAACAAAGCACGACAAUCGGUGAAGCAGCUAGCCGCUAAGGGCGAUGUUAAAUCUGCUAAGCUUCUUGCAAGGGAAGUGGUCAGGAGUAACAAACAGAAGGACAGGUUAUCUGUCAGCAAAGCGAGGUUGGGGUCUAUAGGAACACAACUAUCGCAGCAAAUGGCAAUGAUUAAAGUCACUGGCUCACUGCAGAAGUCCACAGAAAUCAUGAAAUUGUCCAACGCUCUCAUCAAGCUACCUCAGAUUAGUCAAACCAUGCGCGAAAUGAGCAUGGAAAUGACCAAGGCCGGUAUUAUGGAAGAGAUGUUAGAAGAUACCCUGGACAUGGAUGAAGAUGAAGAGAUUGAGGAGGAAGCGGACGCAGAAGUCGAUAAAGUUUUGUUCGAAUUAACGAACGGUAAAUUGGGUGAGGCAGGGUCAGUCGCCACAGAUCUACCGGACAAGGUGGAAGACGAAGAAACCGACCGGAAUAUGGAGAAAUAUCGCGAGCAAUUGAAUGGAAUUUUGAGCGGGUAA